AUGCUUAUCAGCGUGUCUAGAAGCACCCUUUCCACUAGCCGCUGCGUCCUUCUAUCAGGUUUUGUGUGUGUCCUAUGUCCCUUCUCCCCCUAACCUAAAAUCUUUUGUUCCCAAUGGCGCGAGCUCUUCACAAAUACGUUUCCAUAGUACCUGCUUCGCUCUCAUGAGACGUAGACUGAGAUCUAAAUUAAAGUAGACUGAGAUCUCAGUCUACGUUAAUUCUCCCUUCUCGUUUUUUAUUGGAUUCUCUAACGCACGAAAUUGGGCAGAAUUCUCGAAUAUUCUCACAUUUCACUGAAUUCCACUGAAGCGAAGAAAUCAGAACAUGCGCUUGAAGAUGUUACGCGAUCGUAUUCAGGUGUACGAAUCAUACCAGCCACUUGUCUAAAAACCGUCAAUAUUUCCGUUUUAAACUGAACUACUUUUCUCCCUUUCCGUAUUGCCCUCACUCUGCCAUCUAACACCACCUGCAUGCUCUCCGUGUCCCCCGUCCGUUCUGAAUGGGCCUAAUCAACCAUGUCUCGCCCGUUUGCAGGCCUCUUUUCUCGAGUGCUCCUCCCGUCGUCGGUCGUCUCUUCGCAGACCGUAUCUUCUUCGUUGUCGUCCGUCUUCUCCUGCUCUUCAUCGGCGCAGAGAACGUUUCUAGCUUCAAUAAUAGGUUUGUACACCCGUUACCUUUUGUGUUUCCACUUGCACGUCUUCUUUUCAACUAACCAGCGAACACUGUCGCGCGUCCGUAAUCAAAAAUUCAUGACAAAGCGGGGAAUGUAUAAGCGUCAAGUCAUCUAAAUGAGUACGCUUUUCUUCCAGGGUCCUCACUCUCUUCCCGCCUUCUCUGCUCUUUCCGCGGCCCGCCCUCCGACGAAGAAGACUCGACAAGAAUGGCCGAUAUUGCCCAUGGAUCGCCGGCGGUCGUUCCGCCACGUGGCGAGCACAAAGCAACCAUCAUCUUUUUGCACGGACUCGGCGAUCAGGGAGACGGAUGGGCUGAUGCAUUCCGGAGCGAAGUGCGCCACGAAAACUUGAAGGCAAUUUGCCCGCACAGCAACGAGCGACCGGUCACCCUGAACAUGGGAAUGCGCAUGCCUGCCUGGUAUGAUCUUUACGGUCUGGACGCGUCGGCUCGUGAGGAUGAGGCCGGAAUCCAGGCGGCUGCUCAGUACGUCCAUCGGCUCAUCGACGCCGAGGUCGCCGCUGGAAUCCCCGCUUCUCGGAUCGCCGUCGGAGGAUUCUCAAUGGGCGGUGCGCUCGCCAUCUACGCCGGUCUCACCUACCCGCAAAAGCUCGGAGCAAUCGUCGGACUGAGCGCGUUCUUCUUGCAAAGAACCAAAUUCCCAGGAGUAGGUCAUUCCGAAUGAUACCGUUCAGCAAAUCUUACGUAUUUCAGAAGUACACUGCCAACAACGCAACUCCGAUUUUCCUCGGCCACGGUGACUCAGACUUCCUCGUUCCGCUUCAAAUUGGACAAAUGUCGGAGCAGCUGAUCAAGCAGUUCAAUCCGAAUGUCGAACUGCACGUCUACAGAGGAGUGCAACAUUCCAGCUGCUCAGAGGUACCCGGACUCCCACUUUUCGUACAAAUUUUUUUUAAUCUUUUCAGGAAAUGCAAAAUCUGAAGACGUUUUUGACAAACAAGCUGACCAAGUAA